AUGGAUUUACCUGUCGUGAUUCUGCUCGUCCAUCUGACCCUCACAGAGAUUGAAGGUAAAGAAAGAUGAGGAAGGGGUGAGGUUACACUUCUGAAAGCCUUAGAAAGGUCUGAUAAUUAAUGAGAAGUAUGAACAGAUCUUGGUAGAGAUGUUGAUAAGGUUGUCUAGUCCACUAAAAAUGGUCAAUCAUUGAAAACUGACCCAGUAGUUAACUAAUAGGUGUCAUGCUUUAAAAAAUCCUUGAAAAAUAACACACACUUAACAGCCUCCUUGAGUUUGACAAACAAAUUUUUGGGGGAAUUGUCUGCUCUGGUUAUAGAUGGAAGUAAAACAUGAAAUAGGCUGUGUGAUUGUUAGACUUUGUGAAGACCACAACGCUGACUAGACAACAAGAAAAACCCUUAAACUAGCUUAAAGGUACACAUCUUACAAAGAGGUUGGUCCAGUAUUAACUCACCAGAUGACUUUUUUUUGUUUUCAGGUAAACUGUCAAAUUUGAUCACUUGUUCAGAUAUUGUUUGUGUCAGGAAGAGUGGAUUUUACAGGCAGUGUUUGUCAUGAAACGAGGCACAGAAAGGACUCAAUGGCGUGACAACGAAUCAGUUUGUCCAACAGGCAGAGGUCUGUACACAGAAAGGCAGUCACAUCAGGCAGAAGUAUCCAAAACAUUAGGCAAAUAAGGCAAGGUCUGAAGAGGCACGCAAAGGUAAACAAUGGCUAGAUUGUGACUGUGAAAAAAAUACUGGAAUGAGACACAAGGUACGACAAAUUGGUGAUGAGACAGUGAGACACAUGAGGUUAAUCACAAGAGGUAAUGAGGGUAAUGGGAAACAGGUAGGGAGACACAAUCAGGUAGCAGGUGUGACAAGUCGUGGGCAGGGCAGACCAGACAGGAACAAAUCUAGGGUUAGUGAACUACAAAAUAUGACAUGAGCAAAACAUAAAUUUGCAAAAAUAAAGGAAACCUGACCAAUAAAUUAAGAGAAGUAAAGACUUAACAGACAUGACAGUGUUGGGGUCAAGCUGGAAAAAAACACAACAUUUGAGAUCCACUCUUGUUUUAUCCUACCCACUCACACUUCGUCUGCCUCCCAGUCUGUGACUCAUCCUCAGAUCUCCCUUUGUGCCCAUUGUUUGGAUAAGUGCUAACAAUAAGAGAUAUCAAGUGAAGAGACUGACAGGACAGAACAGAUCAGCUCACAUUGCGUAGGUGACACAUUGAGAUGGUGGAAAAGAAAGGCACUCAUAGAUGUAACAGAGAGCCUCUGAACCUCACCUCAAUACUUGAAUGGUCUCCAUCUUUUUCUGAUUGAAGCUGAAGAGCUUUUCACUGUGACUCAGAUCAGAUCUGAACGAAUCACUAAGGAAUCAGUCACUCAUGAUUUGACUUUUGCUGAGACGUGGAAAAGACUAGCUCGAACAGAGAGGCCUCUGGGCAUUGGGUUCAAACCUUUCCACAAGUGUCUCAGAUAAUUUAUUCAGGCUGAGUAAUCCCUGUCAGACCGCAACAGAUAGCCAAAGGGAAGGAGAGGGCUAGAGAAAACAGAAAAUUCUGCUCCCCAUGUUCAAAGUUUAGUAUUGGGGUCUCCUCAACCAUCAAGAUCAUUCAAAGACUGGUUGAACUGGAUACUGGUAUUUUGGUCUGAUACUGUACACCGAAAGAUUUCUGUGUUGUUUUGAGAACUGCCAAUCAGCAAAGGCUAUAAUUUACAGCAGGAUGACACUUAAUAUCUUGAUUAAAUGAUAACCAUCUUGAAUCACCCGUGCAUUCUGGGGUUUGGUGAUACAGAGCUCUCAACUAAGAGAUAGAGAUACAUAAUUCAUGAAGGAAAAUGGAUUUAAGAUUCAGAUUCAGUUACAUGAAUCCUCAUAGAUUGGUCUCUGAAUGGCAUGAGCAUACAGAUGUGGUGGAGAAAUCUUCCACUCUGAAAGGUCUUGAAGGUUGGCAGGCCUGUUUACAAGGUUUGCUGAUGUCAGGAAGUGUUAUGUCACUGAUUUUCCCCUUUAUGCUGAGAGGACUCUUGAGAAGGUGCAAACUGAGUACAUCUUUUUAUUUUAUUGUCUCUUAAAGAAAUAUUACAGACUGCUGCAGGGUGACACAGCUCAAUCAUUACUUUAUCAUUUCCUUGAUGUAAUAAUCAUCAUAUUUAUCAUUUUGCACUGCAGACGCUGUAGUUCUUCUGCCUUAGCGUCUCGGUCUGAUUGCAUUUCCAUGAAGAAAUGAUCAUAAAUGUUCUUCCUUGAGCUGCGUCACCCCACAGUAGUCCAUAAUGGAUUAGCCCGAGGUCUCACUACAAACAAACGGCUGCUUGAAGAGAGUAGGUGAGUUGUGUUUAGUCCCUUUGCUAAAGAAAUUAGGCAAAGUUAAAAAGAUGUUUGGUGGCUAGUGCUGUGGCUAGGACCCUAUAUGUACUGUUGAUGAAGUUAGGUGCUGUUCUGAGCAUUAUUUGUGGAUAUAGAGUGGCGUUUUGAUUGAGGUUUGUUUAUGGCUUCUCAGACCGCUGUGUACUGCUAUCGUGUGGUCGUAUAACGAGAGAAGCAAUCUCGUCUAACUCAGUGUGUUUGACCCUAAAUUAAUUUUACAUCUGAAUAUCCCUUUAACUUUGGGUGCAAGUGUAAAUAUUUACCUCUGUGUUUAUAAGAAUAAUGUUGUAAAAUGUACAACUUAAUUUAUGGGCUUAUAAGCAUAACUCAUAUAAUGAUAUAGCCACAGAAGUCAGUUAAAAGACAAAAAAUGGUACAACUUCAUGUUGAUUAUCAUUUACAGUCACGCUCUUCAUUUCAUUCCAUAUCCUCUUAAACACAGACAUAGAUUGCCUUGGCACAGUCGUGAUUGCUAUCAAGUGCUCGCUCCUCAUGAUGUGUAGCGCUCCAUAGUGAAUCAAAACUCACCUCCAGCCACAGCUCUUGCUUGUGGAAGCUUUAAGUGACUUAUUGAUAUUCACUCAGGUAGUGUUCUUGUUCUGUGUUAUUAGGAAUGAAUCAUUUCACAUCCACAGAUGAUGAUUACCUAGCGGUCCAUUCAAACAGGAUCCCUGAGUUGCUUCUCCUGUAACUGUGUUCAUAUGAUCCUGAGUGACGAGGUAAUAAAAUGUUCCUCAUAAUUCUAGGCUGAAAUUCUUUUCUAUUUGCCCCUGUGCCUUUAGUUUUCGUUUGGACAGAACAUUUUCAAACCAUUUUCUUCAAAUUACAGUUGUAGGAAGAGCUAUAUGAAGCCUCAAAUAUGUAGUUGAGCUCUUUUUCCAUGGAAAGUCAUUCGUUUUGCUUAACAUAAAUACUGUCUCCUUGUUUCGUCUGACCACUGCCAUUUUGAUAAGUCAAUACCACAAUUGCAUCAUUUGGCAAUUUCUUUGUACCAAGGCCCUGUCUCCUCUAAUUGCUGAGAUGAAGGCAAAUCUAUGACAAUGUGGAAGGCUCUGGUCUGUAUAGUAUCUCUUUUCCGGUGUCUUUUAGAGGUGACAUAUACAAGAUCAGGGAGAUUGUUCAUUGGAAGACACUACUUAAGACAAAUGAAGACUGCUUUGUUUACAAGGGGCAUCAAAAGUGACACAAACUCUACCCUACCCUAACCCUACACACAACAUACUCCUAGGUGGUGCUACAGGCCUUUGCGCUUUUGUAAAGCAUCUUGAGAUAACACUAAGUGUAAGCUGGCGAUAUAUAAAUAAAGAUGAAUUGCUUGACAUUCAUUGACCAGUUCACUGUAUCAGUUUGUCAGAGAGUGAGCGUGUUAGAAAGGUAUACCAUUUAUUCCAUCUAUUUUACUUUUGUCUGGAUCAUAAUUAAUAAAAUUAACACAAUGAAACUCCACUGAUCAUGAAAAUUGUCAUGGAUGUGGCCAGCAGCCCGGACAUUUACCCGCUGCUUUCACAUUAGCCUGAUGUAUCAUGAAGACUUUAGUGCUACUUUACAUUGUUCUCAUAUUUUUGUUCUUUUUAUAUUUUUAUGCGUCUCUAUCCAAGUUUCAAACAGUAAUAUUCUUCAUUAUUUGCUCUGGAAACACCAAAACAAAUUACUAGUUUGCGAGGAGCUUUGUUGCAAAAACUUUGUCCUCAAUUUGAGGAAACACAACAGGAGAUCAUUAUUGCAUAAUGGUCACUAUGAUCUGAUUUGUUUUGUUUUAUAUGUAAUAUCUUGUUUCCAAAAGUUAAAAGAAUAAUGAAAAUAAGAUCUCAUAGCUCCAUCGGUUUCUGUGAAAUAAUGUGAUAAAAACAUUUAAAACAGAGUGACUGGAGAUAACAGAGAUAUGUUUGUUUCCAAAGAGUGAUUUAUGGUCUCAUGUUGCUCUGUCUUUACUCUGCUGCAGUUCAAUUUCAUCUUGAGUCAACAGUGAGUCACUCAGGUCUCUGUUGUUUGUGUUUGCUCUUUACCUUCAGCCUCGAGUAAUUGCCAAUUUGUCUGCAGAUGAAUUUUUGAUAUUUUUAUUGGCGAAAUCAAUAUUUCAUCACUGCAGACAGCACUUGUUGGAAAAACAAAGGUAUCUUUUUUAUUGAUUUUGCCUUAUUUAUUUUUGCACGUUUUGUUUGAAUUAAAACACGGAGAUCUAAAUCUGAUUAUAAGUUCAAGGUUUUCUGCAUCUGCACUUGAUGUAAAAAGUUCAGGAAUUUCAUCCUAAUCAACUGAUCAUAAACUGCUCUUGUCUCUCUGUAGAGUGUAGGCCGACUCUAUGAAUACUGAAGCAGCUCAUUAACUAUCACGUCCAUUUAUUUAAUCAUGGUAGCCUAGUAAAACAGACACUUAAUAUCCCUGGACUAUUAAAAAGUUUAAAACAGUUAUUUCUUGGUGAUCCUUCAUAUGAUGGUUAAAACUUUUCACACUGGUCCAUCAGGACACUGUGUUUUUGUCCUGAAGUGCAUCUGUGCUCGGUGUACUCCCUCUGCUUCUUUUCUUUCCAGAGCCUCAUCAUGGGUCAAAUCUCAAGCAUCUUCACGUGGAUUAAAAGGUCAACUGUGCUUGCCAUUUGACUCUGAUCACUGGGCAAUUUGUUUCUGUUUACCUGCUCUGUUCGAUUAUGGCGGGAAGAGGCAAAGAGGUCCUAACCACAUUCUCACCCUUUGCCCUCCAUAGACUGUUUAUUGUGUCAGUAUUCCAUAUACAGUUAAAAUGUCCUGAUCGUAUUGUUCACAAUACAAAAGUCAUCUUCAUUUGUCAUAUUUUGCUUUAUAGACCUAUACAUUUUACAGGGUAAUAAAUCAGUUGACCAAGGCAGCGUGCCACUUAAUGGUGUGUACCAUUAAAUGACCCUGAAACUGGAGCAGCUUAAUGGGUUUCAUCAUUACCUCUACACCUGUGCUGUUACAGUGCCGUGACACAUCAAAAUUAAUCCCCAAAUACGACACAUCCAUACAGUAAAUCAAUAGAGCAAUGCACUUUUUUUUUAGAUAAUAAAAUAACUAUAGUGAUUAUUAAUAAAUGUUUUUCAGACUAUUUUUUAAAAAUAUUUGUGAUGUUUUUGUUUUAUUUUCAAACAUGUCACCAAGACAUAUCAGAGCAAGUUUGGCACUCUCACUCUCUUAUUGUCUCUUCUGUGUCCCUCCCUCAGCACUAGCAGCCAGCACUGUGGCAUCAGAGUCUGAAUGCCCCCUUGGCCAGUUCCCAUGUGGCAACAUGAGUGAAUGCCUCCCACAGGCUUUGCAGUGCAACGGACACAAGGACUGUGCCAACGGAGCUGAUGAGUGGCACUGUGGUAAGUCAAAUCCUGACGGCAACUUUUCACCUCAACUCUUGAAUGUUUCUUUCCUCUGGUACGCUCUGACUGCUCUUAAUUUUUCUGUGAAAUUUUCCCACCAUAUAAUGACUGAUAAAUAGAGCCUGAGGGUCUGAUUCUGUUGAUCCACACAGGGUUAAAACAGACAUCAUCUAUUCUAGUCCAAAUGCUUUGUGUUUGACAUCAUUGUGGUACUGGCAAUUGAUGUACAAAUCCUGUCAGGCAAACAAGGAAAACCAUAAAUGUAAUCUCCAGCUCAAAUAUUAUCUGAAAGCUUUUCCUUGAAGCAGAGCCUCCAUCGUACUACAAUGUGCUUUCUAGGAAAUGAGGCUCUCUUCAGCUGAUCAGUAGGAGCAGAAGAGCCAGGAAAAGCUCUUCACUGGCUGACAGUUGAUCACGUCCAGCAGUACUAAGGAUAAAUAGAAUAAUUUUCUGGGAUAUUUUAGAGGACCCGAAAGACUGAGUUGGAAAGGAUUAAGGAUGACUUUCUUAGUAAGUGGCUUGGAGGUAACUGGUGCGAUUGGAUCACAGCCUACAAAAAGUUUUGGAUACAGCUUGGAAUAGAGCUGGGCGAUAAAUCGAAAAUUUAAAUUUACGACAAUAACCAACAUCAUUUUGCCCAUGUCAAUAUAUUUGAUGUCAAAUAAGUAAAUAAAUAAAAGUUGGUUUUUGGAUGUGUGUAGGUAGGCUAUGGUCUCAUGUCCCUUCUAAGGGAUAUUCCAGUGUAUAUUAAGUUAGGAUCACACCGUAACACUGAGUUAGACACCCCUUCAAGAGAUGAAUGCUACCAACCGCUUGCUUCUCUAGUUAUACCAACUUUAGUAACAACCGCAGAUAGCAAUACAGAGAGCCACAUGCUCAACCAAAACGCCACUCUAUAGGAACAAAUAAUGCUCAGAACAGCACCUAACUUCAUCAACAGGACAUGUAGAGUCCCAGCCAUAGUACUAGCCACCAAACAUCUUUUUAGCUUUGCCUGAUUUCUUUGCAAAGAGACUAAACACAACUUACCUACUCUCUUCCAGCAGCCACUUGUUUGUAGAGAGACCUCCGGGCCAGUCCAAUGACUGCUGUGGGGUGAUGCAUCUCAAGGAAGAACAUUUAUGAUCAUUACUUUAUCAUUUCCUUGAAGUAAUAAUCACCAUAUUAAUCAUUUUGCACUGCAGACACAGUAGUUCUUCCCUGUUCUUCCUUGAGCUGCGUCCCCCGCAGUAGUUGAUGGACUCACCUGGAGGUAUCUGUACGAACAAGGGGCUGCUGGAAGAGAGUAGUUGUGUUUAGUCUCUUUGCUAAAGUCUCUUUGCUAAAAAAAUUGUGUCUAUACAAUUUUAACAAAAAAAGAAAUGAAUGAUUUAAGGUUUAUCUUUUCUUGGUAUCCUUCAGAAAUGCCUUUUUGUUCUGAAUGUCCUACAUUUAUCCAUUUUAACUUGCAAACCACAUUUUGAGAGCUAAAUUGAGCAAUAUGUGAUGUAUUACAUGCACAAACUGUUAGUUUUUUCACAGCGUUUACACCAUGAUUCUGGUAUCAUAGUAGGAGAACACCAAAACAAAACUACCAAACCCUUGGCUCUUAGCUCACAAUUAUCUCUAAGAUUCUCGGCUAUGUGUAUUAAGAGGUGCAGAAGAAAAGCUCAUCAUUACACCAUGCUUUACAUUCUGUACAACCUGUGACAAACGGACUGAAGUGGGAGGAGAAAGCUCUGUCGAAGGACAUUGACAGCCGGCUCUGCAACGCAAAGAGGAAGAAAAUACAGGAGCUGUUUUCAAUUUCCAAUGCGGAAAUUUCAACGAGUGAUGCUCACUUUCAAGUUACAUAAUGAUGUGACUUUUUAAUUAACCUCCACUGACUUUAUUGUGUCAAUCAGUGUUGUUUAUUAAAUGUGAAUGCAGCAUGGUUGUAGGGAUUGUACUUGUGCUGAGGGUUAUCAAAAGUUUUUUUUUGUUUUUUUUCACUUAGUUCACUAUACCGUUUAUUCCUUUGUCCACUCUUGAAGGCCUAAAACAGACAGAUUUUAAUAUAGACAUACUGAUGUAAAGUUAGUGACUAGAAAACCAAUUGUCAGGACAUUUACAUAAUUUAAAGAAUUUAUUCACGUUAAGGAUAUAUGAUAUUUUGGGGAAAAUUAACUUGUUUCCUUGAGUGUGAAGCCAUAUUAUUCAUAUAAGCUGGAUCUAGAAAAAAAAAUAUUAGAUUUAGUUCAUUGAGCCUUUUUGCCAAUAACCAGAAACAGAUUUUGAACUGUUUGUUUUUCCUUUUUCUAAUGCUUUCCUAAUGUGAUCAUAAUAAGGAUUGAAACAAAGCUAAAAAUGGCUUUCUGGUGCUUGGAGAAUGGUAUCCUGCUAUGUUGUUGAGUGCUGACUUUUCACUUCUUUUCAGAGCUCUGCAUACGGCAAAUUUGGUACGAUAUGUCUGUACUCCUUUGAAAAUGUUUGUUUCUGGGAUUAUCUGCAUAAGUCAUUUUAUAAUAAAUUGAUACUGUACACUGUCUUCAUUUAAAUCUACUGAACUGCAGUUUUAUUUUUCAGGAUUUGUUUCUGUUUUCGAAACUUCCUCCAGUGAUUUGAAGAAGCUCUUUUAUUCAGUAAAAAAAAACUUCACGACACAUGUGAGAUGCAUUGGCAACCAUAGUCCAUCUCAAUGUCAUUAUUUUGUCUGGGCAAAUUCCUGAUUCAUGCAUUCAAGCUCCUGAAGAAAGGUUCAGCCUCUGCUGGCCUGUGAAUGUUGGCUCUGAUCAAACUGGAUGUCGAGGUGGACCACAUUGAUCUGGUGAUGACAUGGCAACAACAGUGAUCGAGUCAUGGUUCGUUAGUUUGACAGAAAUGAGAUCGUUGGCUCACAUUGGACUUGGCACAGUCUGAUGUGGCUGCACUUUUUAUGAAGUAAACCCUCAGUAAUCUGAUAGAGCUGAUGCAGGAAAGAGAGAAUUGUGAAAGAUUAAGGGAAGUGAUCUUUCCAAGAAAAACCUUGUUAACUGACUAGCUUGAGAAAUCGUCUGGAUUUCAUCCAUUCUCUUCACUGCAGUGUUGGCUAGCAGCAGUGAAAGCUAUGACCCAUGGUGGAGAUGAAUUAUGAUUCACUAGUCCUAUGAUGGCUUGAUAUCAGCAGAUCUUUAUGAUUUCAUGACCUACUUGCUUUUCUCAUGCUUACCUCUAUUCCACAUUUCACAAUAAGUAUUAGGUGGGACGUCUAUUAUUGACAUUUGUGAUAGCUGAAGUCGUACAAUGGGAAAUGGCACAAAAAGUUUGCUAUCAAAUUAUUAAGAUAUAUUGCAUCAAUGUUUAGUUGAUCCAAAAUUUUUCAUAGUGUAGUCAUGUUGUCUUUCGUUUGAUUGUAUCAUGAAAAUGUUGUAUUUGUCAAAAGCCAAAACAGAUAAAUAAAAAGUGUGAUAUCGGUGUUAUGUAUCGGCCAACAGUCAACCUGCUCUGUCAUUAUCGGUCCGUCAUAGCUGUAAGAUCUAGUCUGUUGUUGCUAAAGUUUGCUACCCUAGCCACACUAAAGGAACAGGACAUGCUGUGUUGUGUGCAGAGACCACAAAUAGUUCAUUUUAGUUGAUUUUGAUUAUUUCUUGUUUCACUUUCCAGGGGACAACGCUGGAUGGGCGGACUUGUUUGGUCAAACUCUACAAAAUACCAGACCUGUGCAGUACUACCUAGAUGAGUGUUGUAAGUGUGAACUUCUAAAGAGUUUUGGUAUUUGCUCAAAAGUGUCAAAUAAUAAUAAUAAUGAUGAUCUUUGUUUAUAAAGCACUUCUCAAAAUCUGCAUCAUAAAAUGCUUAACAAGGCAGCAAAAACAAAAAUGCAAAAUCAACAUUUUUUAAAAGGGAACAGCCAGCUUGGAUCAUAACAUCAGUACAAUAUUUGAGGAAACCUAAAAUCAGGUUCAGUGGAUAGAAGCCACUGUCAAGGAGAAGUUAGACUAAGACAUGUCAAAAGAGUGUUGCAAAAAUCCAGAUGAUGAAAUAAAAGGAAGUAAAAUCGUCUCUGCAGCUUCAAUUUUUAAGAUGAUGACUCCACAAGUUUAGUGGUGUGUUGCUAUCAAAGAGGCAAUGUGAUAAAGAUAUUCACUUUUCUCUGCGGGUGAAUUUUUACACCUUUACAUAUUUACACAUUUUCCCCCAUGAGGUCUCUCUCCCUUGUAGCAGAGACCCAAGUAAGAAAUCUCAGAGUUAUCCCUGACUCAGAUUAAUAUUUCCAGAGCUAAACUAAGUCAGUCUUCUUCUGCAUUUGACCAUUUAUAAAAAAUAUCACAACGGUCUGAGAGAUGAUGACAGAGCAAAAACCUUCAACUGCUCGCAGAAGCCAAGUCCUGGGUUCAGCUUUUACACAUCCUGGUCGCUGGUUGUUUUUGCCUACCAAAGGUAUUGAUUAUUGAGGUUUUUGAGAUAAUUUGAGAUAAUAACUGAAGUUGGUUUGUCACUUGUAAUCAAUUAAUAAAUCAAUUUAAUUUGAGUUUCAAAAUAAGUUGAUUAUAUUUUUAUAUUCUGUUUUAUUUUCAACCUUAUCCUACUAUUGGCAUAACUGUUCUAACUGUUGUCUAGUCUUAGCCUUACUUGUAAAUGUUUUUUUAAACUUUUCUUCUUGGAUUGUGCUUUAUUUUUUUCCUGCUCAGUUAAGUUCAAGAGUCAAACGCUCUGCUGUCAUUUCUAAGUGACAGUUUGAAAAAUUGGGCUUCAAUCCAAGCAGCUGUAUCCACCGAGCCACGCUUUUCCUGGGUCUCCAUGGAAACCCAUCCUGUUUAUUGAAAAAUACAGAUUUUGACUCCUGCAACAGAAGUUUUUUUUUUUACAUGACGAGUGUGACAGUUCUCAAUAACAGAUGAAAUUCCUGCAAUGAUCUGUUCACAGGACUGUCAGAACAAGCUGUUUUGCAAUUUCAGCAUAUCCGAGAUGCUGCUGCAAGUGCCCUGAAAACAACAAAAUCCGACCACAUCACUCAAGUUUUACUAUCUUUACAAUAUUUCUCUGCUGCUGUAUAAAUCUCUAUGUUGUUUGUUGUCAAAGUUCAUUCCUGACAUUCUUGCAAAAUAUGAACAAUUGAGGACCCUGAAAACAUCCGGAGCAGGUCUUCUGAUUGUCCCCCGGAGUCAGAGCAAAACAUGGAGAAACAGCAGCUGGUUAUUCUGCAGCACAGACCUGAAAUAAUCUCCCAGAUGAUGCCAGACCUGCCUCAAAUCUGAACAUCUUUAAGUCUAGACUAAAAACGUCGCUUUUUCAAACUGCUUCUUGUAUCAUAUAAAGGAAACUAAAUUGACACGACAAAUAACUUGUAUUUUAAAUGGAUUGGCCGGGAUUUUUAGGGGUGUGAAUCGUGAUUUUGAGAAUUUGAAUGUCAAAAACUCAGAUUUUGAUGUGUACGAUUGUUUAGUAUUGCAGGAGUAUCCAGAGAGCUGUGACUGCAUACAGACAGACGUUGAGUGUGUGGAAGUCAACCUGCAGGAUAUUCCUCCACUCUCUCCAAAUGUCACCUGGCUGUAAGUGACCUUUUGGUGACUCUGACAACCUCAAUAACUGUUUGUUGGUGCAUAUGUGUGUGUGUAUGUGUAUGCAUUUCUGUCUGUGAACACCAAUUCAAGUCUAAACCGAAGAGUCUUCACAAUCUUCUCCUUCUUCAAACGCUAUUUCGGAUUAGGUCCUGGUUUCGGCUUUUACACACCCUGGUCGUUUUUGUUCACAAAGAAUGAACUGUUAAACUUGAACUGAUGGUCGAGCUAUUUUAUAAUCACAGGUUUGUUAGUUUCCUUAGAUUAACUGAAAAUCACUUAAAUAAAUAAUCAUUCUGGUAAAUAAAUGACACCAUCCUGUGUCUGUCAUAUAAAUAACACAGAGCAGCCAUCUGUGAAAUGCAGCUGUUAAUUUCCCCUCCUCGGUUUAUAAUCUAACACUUGAAUGAGCAGAACUUUACUGUUACAUUGUGUUUUGUACCAUUUAAUUGUCAUCAUACAGUUGUCCCUCUGUUACAAACUUCUUCAUAUUUGUGAUAGUUGGAUUUUCAUUUCCCCAUUUGUCUGCAAGAUUUUGCUCACAAGCAUAUUUCUCAAAAAACUCAACAUUUCCUCAGUAUUUCUUGUGAAGAACUUCAUAUUUGUGUCAGUUUUAUUUAUGCUGUCAAACUUUUUUUAGUUCUUAUUGAAGAUAGUAAAUGUAAAAUAAAUCUGUGUUUAAGGCUGGUCCAGGCCUCUUGGAAAUAGUAAAAAAAUCUUAAAUUACUGAUUAACUUUGGCCUGGAGUCUUUUUUGUUUGAUGACUCUUUCAGGAUGGAGCUUAAUGGCUUUUACAUCAUUUGCUUGAACUCAGUCUGACCUUUGGACACGGUCUAUUUUGAUAUUUUCUUUUAAGGAAACACAUUAGGAGCACAUUAGGGGGAUUUUAUGUCUCAUUACAGCCUCUUUAUCACUUGAUGUUUAGAUAGGCUGUGUUUUUACUCUGUUCGGGAUGUUUUUCCUCCAUUGUGAGGAAAUUUGUCUCAUUUUUGCUUCCUCUUAAUUUCUAAAUUCAUGCAUAAGGCUCGGCUUAUCAGACUGAAACGGUUUGUACGGUAUGUCCUCCCUGAGUCUUAGAACAAUACUAAUGCUAAGUAAUGCUAAUACUAAAUGCGCUUCAGUUGUCCUUAUAUGCAAAACGUGUGCUGUGUUUGUCUUACUAGAACAUUUUAUGUCCUCUGUUACAGGUCCCUGAAGAGCAAUGAGAUCCGAGUGUUGUCUGAUUUUGUUUUCUCUAAAUACUCUGCCCUAGAGAGACUGUGAGUAUGUGUGAUGAAGACAAAAAUUAUAAUACAGAUAAAACGGUGUAAAGAUAGGGAGUAAUUUAAUUUACUUUGAUGCAAAUAUUCUCCUUUUAUAUCCUUUUCAAAAUUUUUGAGAAUCACUUUUAAUUUGUACGACUGUAGUCCAUAUGAAAUAACAAAGUUGGCUUUUAUCACUUGAAAAAUGAAAAGGGUUUUUAAAAGGCCUGAUGUUGGAUGUCAAAAUUGUCUUUAAAUCAAAUUAUAUGAGUAAAAGAAUCAAUAUAAAGCAGUAGAUUUAAACUAUCCAAUAUCUUCAAUUCCAGGUUAAUUUCUUCUGUUCAACUUAAUCUGAUUUGAACAGAUUUAAACAAAAAGAAGGACAAGCUCAGCGAAAGCACCUGGCAAGUUGAGGAAAAAAGUUAUAAUUUAUCCGCUUUCACUGUCUUUAAAAUUCAAGAGCAGUCUCACAUUUCAUCAGGUUUAACUAGGGUCUAGGUUCAUUAAUGCUGGCUUGCUCUGAGUGUGUUUGAAGAGUUAUAAUUUUAUGCUCGAUGUUAAAAAAAAAAAAGAUGGAGAAAUGAGCAAAGGACGAUUACUAAGGUUAAAAAUCUCCUUUAAUCACUUUAAUCAUCUGCUUCCAGGUUUCUGCAAAACAACAGCCUGCACUUCAUAUCCCAACAUGCCUUCAGUGGUCUACACAACCUAAAGAGAUUGUAAGUACUCCACAGGACUUGUUAAGGGCACUGAUUUAGUUUCCUUGGUCGCGAUGACAUUAAUGUCUCAUGAAAGAAAAAGUGCAUAUUGUUUGUUUGUCUCUCAGUAGUACCAGUAUACCCAUCAUUUAUCAUUGUGCAUGAGUAUCACUGCAGCUGACAUACAGAUAGAAAUCACACUAAUUUUUCAUACUUGGCCAGAGUGUUUACGGUGAUCAGCAUCAUCAACAUGUUGACAGCCAACUUGACUGAUGAUGAGGAUAUGUAAUAAUUUUGUUAAAGCUGCCCUUAGUUUUACUUUCGGAUUUUGCUCCUAUAGGGCCACUUUUGUUAUUAAGAAUUGUUCAUUAUAAGUAUAUUAUAAGUAAGUAUUGUAUACCUCAAGCAUAUAUACAUCUGGUAUAUUUUCAUCAAUAUUUAUGUUUUUCACUUUUUUCUCUCAGGUUUCUCAGUGAGAACUUGAUAACAUCUCUCAGUCCUGGUGUGUUCAGGGAGCUCCAUCAGCUAGAAUGGCUGUGAGUAACACACAUACUUUAACAUCACCAGAUAUGUGUGAGUCUACAGUGAACUCCUGGAAAGAAAAAAAAAACCUUGAUAUGUUCAAAAUCCCCUGAGCCAGCAAAAUCAAAGAGAGCUGGAAGAGUCGUGUUUAGUUGUGCUCUUAACCGUUCAUAAAUGUCAGAGUUCAGAGCUGCGUGGAUUGUUUUAUUUUCACCAUGAAAUCAAUUUUGGGUCAGGAGUGUCAUUCAGAAAAAAGGACUCUGUUUUUGCCCAUUAUUUUAAGAGCUAAGAGAAUAAAUACCUUGUUAUUGUUUCAGAGUUUGGUUUUAGGUCUUAAGCUACUAAAGGUGGGGGUCAAGAUUCACCAGCCAAUGUUAACAAAACAAACAUUAUGAUGCCCCCAACAUUAUUACAAUUCCCAGUGGUAGAGUACAGAUGGUUUUAUGACAGUUAUAUCUAAAUUUCAGAGGCAGAAACACUUCUGCAGAAAAGAAGUCUCCCUGAAUAUCUAAUAUUCUAUUAGACAUAUUAUAAUUGUCUAUUCUGUGUUGAUUGGAUCUAGCCUCUGUAGGUGUAGUUAUAAUUUUAAAUGUAUUUUGUUUGACAGUGAGAGCAGAGUUUCCCAGCCCAAAUAUCAGUUCUUCUGAAGUUUCAUCAGAAAAAGUCAGAUGGGUUGUGGGAUGAUUUAAAGGAAAGGAAAAAGAAGAAAAAAAUCAAUCUGUUUUCAAUUUUAGAGAUACUUCCUUUUCCUUUUUAACGGACAGUGCUGGGAAUUGGGAUUAUUAUGCCUCAAGCAGUUCAUUUAAAUGGUUGAUGCAAAGUAGAGCGUUUAUUAAUUUCUGAAUUUUUGGCCAGUCACUGGCACCUGACUGUGUUAUAGUUGUUUGAAGGGGUUGAUAUAGGCAGCAGUGGGGGACUGGACAUCUUUAUGUUUGUGAAAAAAGAAAAAACUCUAAAUCAUUGUUCAGUGUUGUCAGUGUGGACAUUGGCAGAUAAUCUCUAAGCAUGUCUCACACAUGGGAAGUACCGAUCGCUGGUGGUUAAAAGCCACUCAUUCAGAACUUCUUUUUCAACUGCAUUUGCGUACAUAUAAAAUGAAUUUGAUGAUUGUUUCUUCUCGCUGUCAGCGUACAUACUCAGUAACAGACAUGCACUUAAGACAAGGAUGACAGAUUAAUAUAAAGGUGACAGAAAAAUUAACCACCAUGUGUGCAGAUGUAAAACUAGCAAACAUUAUUAUAAAAUCUAACAGCAAUAACCUCUUCCAAAAGUGAGAAUUAUUCAGUUCGAUUUAGGGCCGUCACAUUGUCAUAUUUUCCCAUCACAAUUUUGUGUCCAUAAAAUAUCCCUACAUUGAAACUAUCACAAUACUAAAUUUAAAACAACAUUAGAUAAAACAGAGAAAAGGCAAGAUAUGGAACUGGAUGAAAACAGUCGAAAGAAUGGUCAGAAAAUAUAAAUAUUCAUUUAAUUACUAACCAGAAGAAGCACAAGCUUUAACCCUGAAUAUCUAAUCUGAAUCUACAAGACUUAAAGGAAUUUCAGUUUUUAAAAGUGCUGAAUUAUUUCUUAGAGAGCUCUUUUAAUCCAGUUCAAAGACAACUUAAUGCUCCUCAGCUGUGGAUUUAGGAACUACUGUUUAUGGUUAUUUAUGGUUACACUGGUGUGUUGCAACAGCCCAGUUUGACUGUUGAGAAAAUUUAUAGCUCAACUCAACACAGAAGUGAAGUUUGAUGAGAAGAGAAUUAAUCAAAAUUAUCCAUUUCAACCACAAAGAUAACAUUAUGUAGCUCUUUAUUGUCUUUUGUAUCAUAUUCGAUACAUACUUUUAUGAUACUUCCAUCAAAUCAAUAUGAUCAACAAAUUACUAAAAAACACUUAAUACAGUCCGAUAUGAUAAAAAGUUCUCUUGUGGUUUAUCAGUUUCCAAAAACAUCUAAUGUAUCAAACAAGAUAAAUAAAUAUAUAUGUUAAAUUUUAAGGUGAAAUAAACAUUUCAGCUCAAACUAAAAUUGAAUUUUCUGGCCAUAAUGUGUGGUUUCAGGCAUUAAAGGGCUAAUUAUAAGACAACCUUUAUAAAAUAUUUGUUUGGUAUCAGCAAUAAGAAAGAUUUAGGUAUUUUGGGGACGACACAAACUUGAUUUACGGCAAUACUCCAACAUUUACUCAAACAUCUACAUUCAGAUUUGUGAAGCAUGUGCAUCUUGGAAUCUGUUCACAGAUGAGACCAAAAGAUGGUAUCAGAGAUGUGCUGUGGUGCUUUGUUUUCCCUUAAUCAAGUCAUGCUCAGAGCUUCACAACACAUGGCAGAUGGGACUGCUUGAUGAGUUUCAAAUCUCAAAGCUGAGAUCUUUUUUUGGUACAACAGAAAGAAGGAGCCUAAAGCUACACACAGCUUUUAUACCAAACACAUGAGCAUUUUUGAGGCUGUCUCAAACAGCUUAUUCAAAUUGUCAGUACUCACAACUUCCUGGUUCUCUCUUCAAAAGGGGCGGUGCCAAAAGUUUAGAGAGGGAAAAAGCCCAGGUUUAAAAUGGUUUGGAGUAAACCAUUAAAAUAAACAGGGGGGUCAAGGCACAAAUAUUGCUAACAAAUAAUAUUUUUUUUCAAGUGUGUUGAUCUUGUUUGAACACAAAUAGUUAAUCGCAUUCAUGUAAGGAUAUUCCUUUCCCCCUUUGCUUUUUUCCCUUCUGAGUUGGUUUCUUAAAAAAAUAUUGUUUUUCUGUCGUGGGUCCUGCCCACCAAAUUACCUGCUUCAAUGAGAGCACAUGAGCUCUCGGUGUAAGCUUGAUGUUUGUGUGAGUAUGAAGCACUUGAUGACUAUGCCUUAAAACUCUAUCAUGGUAGUUUAAACUUGUGUUUAAUGUUGUUUUCAGUCAGGUGAUGCUUAUUUUUAAUCAGACAUGCUAGUAGGUUGUUAUUUUAGCCAAUGGUACAAAAAGGCAAACUUGUCCUUCGUUGCCAGUCUUCAUGCUAAGCUAACUACCUCCCAGCUGUGUUCACGGUGUAAACUAGAGAGCGGCACCAGUCCCCUCAUCUAACUCCAGCCUGGAGCAAAAAUAAGCAUCUCAUACAUGAUGCAAAAAAAUUAAAAAGAAAGUUAAUUGUUUUCUGUGCGAAACUAACAUACGAUUAAAAUGUUUGUAUGUUUUGUUUUACAGGAUGUUGGAUCAUAACCCAGUGAGCAUACUGUCACAGGAUACCUUUAUCGGGCUCAAUUCUCUUGGGUACCUGUGAGUGUCACUAUUUUCACUUUGAUUUGGUGUUUGUUGGUUUCUUGUCACAAAUUAGGUCCAUGUAUUUUUGAGCUCCCAGAGAGGAGAAAUUGAGUUUCAGUGAGGUAUCGAUCCAUGUGUACUCGGAAAAAAAAAACAAAGUUUACUGUUUUACGUUAAAGUUACUAUGAGGAAAUUUCCUGCAUUUUUUAAAUAGGCUGAAAUUCACAUUAAUACCUAUUAAUGAUGUACUAAAGCAAACAAAAGCAUCAGCAUCCAGGCUCAGGAUUUUUACAUUGACAUCUAUAUGCCUGAAACAGGUAAAAGGGGGUGAGUGUCGCCAAGCAGCUGAAAAACAGCCCUGUUUUAAUCGUUUCAGCUUAAGAUUCUCACAAUUAAUGACACAUUUGACUAUCAAUAGUGAGCAGCGGGAGACUGUUUUUAAUCUGAAAAUAUAAUAAGAAAAGACUUCUUUGAGCACAAGGGGCUCUGAAUUGAUGCAAACAGAAAGUUCCUUAGAGAAGCUUUAAAAACCUGAGGAAAUGCAAUUUGUUAACAUGUUAGGUGAACCAGGAGUAGUAAUUUUAAAUGGGCCCACCUUGAAAUCUCAUUAGCCAGCCCAAAAUCCUAAAUUCAGUUGGUCAUUUGCUUUAUCAGGGGUGGGUUUUGUAUUCAAAUCAGCUGUUUAGACUGUGUUGAAAUAAUUUAAUAAUAGUUUUUGUUGUACUUAAAUGCAGCGCCAUUCCUGGGUACUUCAAAUUGUGGGCAAAAUACAUAACUCAUCUACUCCAAAAGCAUCACUGCAACAAAAAGGUUUUGGUCUUAUUGAGUUCUCAGGGAAAUAAAGUUGAAAGAUUAAAAUACUGCCAUUUUUGUGCUACUUUUUAUGUUAAAACAACUGAGAUAUAAGAUCUGUGAAAAUGCUUAAAGGAGUAACUGCUAUUAUUUGCAUGUGUGUGGGUAAAGAAGGUUUGGUAGGUCAUUUUACUAAAGUUCAGAGACAGUGUUAAGACUGUUAAAGUAUUCCCCAUAAAUGUGAACAGCUUGAGUUUCAAAGUGAGACGCAUGCAUCAGCCUUAUCCCCAUUUCCUUCUCUCAGGGCAUCAAAUGCAGUCAUGUUGUCAAAUAUCUGAUUAGUUGCACUAUGUAAGUUGAUAUUGGUAAAUUUCAAACCUCAUUUCAUGCACAGUCACGUCUUGGUGUUAUAACCUCCCGGUUCAAGUAUUUAGUUUGGUGGAAGACUCUCAGAAGGGAUGUCAAAGUUAAUUUUGGUUUUUCAUAGCCAAAACGUAAAAUCUAGUGUGGUAUUUUUUGGCAGUUUUCAAGCCGCGGGUGCCAACCAAUUUUCAUAACGGAAACAAAAACAAAAGUGAAAAGAAAAAUGCUGAUGUUUCUCUGUUUAUUCAUCCCUCCGCUGCUCUCUGUACCCUAGUGUUUUCUCUUUCCAUCUCCGUCCAUUUCUUUAAAUGUCUUUUUAAUGUUUAUGCAUUAAGUUUAUCGCCCUUUUAAUCAGCCCUCGCUCUGGCAGCCUCUCCAAAGACACUUACACCCGCAGGAGAGACAGAAAUGUUUCUCUUUGGGUUCUCUUACAGAUUCAGAGGGUAACCUGUCUUUGGCCUCUCCUCACAUUUGUCUUGAGCGUUGCCACCCAGAACACCAGAGUCUGGUUUUAAUCUGAAAACUACAGGAGCUUAGAUGUGCUGACUGCUCUGCAACUUCUAAGUGUCUCAGAAUAUUUGACUCAAUUUAGUUUAAUGACCGUAACGGACAAGUCCAGGAAGCCAUGAACUCACUGCACUGAUCAUUUCUAACAGCAAAAGCUUUUGGAAAGAAUGAAAGUGACCGCUCAUGUCAGUCAAGUGUGACCUUAUGGAUUAUGAAUUAAUGGUAAUGCAUCGCUGUGAACCAGGGAUUUAACUUCUCUAUUACGUUUUAGUGUUGAAGUUGAGAGCAUAAAGAUUUUUUCUGCAUGUGCUCCUAUGAAUAUUGUCAGCACAAUUUUCUGAAAUGAAUUUGGAAAAAUAACUAACCCUAGCCUCAACCCUAACCCUAACCCUAGCCUUAACCCUAACUCUAACCCUAGCCCUAAACUCAGCCCUAACCCUAGCUUCAAUCCUAGCCUUAACCCUAGCCUCAACCCUAACCCUAACCCUAGACUGAACCCUAACACUAAUCUUAACCCUAACCCUAACCCUAGCCUUAACUCUAGCUUCAACCCUAACCCUAGCCCCAGCCCUAACCCCAGACUCAACCCUAACCCUAACCCUAGCCUCAACCCUAAUGGAUAAGUUUGUUGUUAGGAUCAACAAACCUAUCCGAUGAGUCUAAAAAAUCAUUCUCAUCCUCAAGAUAUGGAUCUGUAUCAUCAGAGCCCAUAGUCCAUAACUGUUAUCACCAAGCAAGCGUCAGUAAGAAUGAAUUGUCCCUGCCAUCUUCUCCUGUUUUAUGUCCUCUGAUGAAUAAUUAAAUUGAACUUCUGGUUUUUUGAAUUUCAUUGUGUACUCAUUGUAGUUUUUAAGAUUUCAACCCUUUAAUCACUAUUAAUUAUUUUAACCCUUUACCGUGACAUAUAAAUUGGUACGAAAUGUAUUUACCUACUUAUUAAUCAAUGUAUUUAUUGACAAAGUAAUAUAUAACUCAGUCUAAAGUUUGUUUUCAGCUUCUUAAAUUUGAUUCAAGCAGAUGAAGCGCCACAGGGUCUUCGUAUCAAUCAGAAUUUAAACACCUUUCAUUCUAUUUGACAAGAUACAUGAAACCAAUGUUUAAAAGAAUUUCCACAACCUUUUCAGAAAUUUAUAAGAGCCAAUGUCAUGCAUUUGCUUGAACAAUUAAAUUCUAGAUUUACCUUUUACUUAUGUAAUCACACCUACACAAGAAAUUAAAGCAGCUGUGAGGGACUUUAGGUUUGUGCUUUAUGGUGCCCCUUGUGGACAAAGUCAUACCUCUCAUCUCAUCUCUUGUUUAAGCAAAAGUAGUUGUAGUAGUAGGCUGUUUUUUUUUCAGCCUGCUUGUCUGACACCUACUCUCACACAACAAUAAAAAACUACAGCUUUGUUGCCGAUUGUCAAAUUUGCUUUUGAAGGUUUUGAAGAGGCAUCAAUACCAGUUUCAGUUUGUUCCUCGACUGGUUAAAGACUCUUUUUCUUAAGUUUUUCUUGUUCUUCCUGUCACCAGGUCCAUGGUAGGCACCUUACUCCAACAUCUCCCUCACCCGAGCUUCUGUCAGCACAUGCCUACGUUGGACUGGCUGUGAGUCUGCUCUGACUGUGUACUUAUGUGUGUGCAGGUGUGUAGUGCUUGUGAGUGAUUCGGUAGAAAUAAGCUAAAAAAUUAGAGCACAGACAGAGAUGGGUGUACAUUUUUUAACUGAUUUUUUUAAAAAUGAGACCAGUCAGAUUUGAUUGAUCAGGCUGUACAAACAGGAGGGUUUGUGUUUGAUAAAUCUAUUAAUCAUCUCAGGAGCUUUAACGACUUUUAGCAGCUUGUUAGCUUUCUUUCUCAUGCCGCUUAUUUAAGCUCUAACUCUGAUACUGCCCGACUCUAUAUUUCUUUCUUCUUUCUACACCAUGCACACAAAUCUCUUGACUUUUUUAAUGCUUAUUUGGAUUAAACUCAUGUAGCAGUAGCCUUCAUUUGAACACUGUAUAUGCUUUUGUGUCUUGUCUGGGUCACUACACACCUUUUUUCUUCUCUCCGUCUUUUUCGUCUCCAGGGAUCUUGAAGGAAACCAGAUUAAAACUCUCAAUUUUUCCAUCUUAGAGAGCUGCAGCAAGCUUGAAGUCCUGUGAGUAUCCUUUGAAAUUUAAUAAAACCCAGAAAUGUUUGAAACAAAAUCCCUUUGAGAGAGUUAACAAGAGUCAUGCAGCAUGUGUCUUUCUCUCCAAAACAGUGAAUAAACAGUAAAGCAUGGAGCACAUGAGCAGAUUUCAGUGUAGUUCGAUAAGAAAAAAGCUCACUUUAUCAGCCGUUUGAUAAGAACUUUAUAUUUUCUUGCCUUUAACAGUAUUUUUAGCCCUUUUUGUAACAGUUUUGAGUUUGCAGUGUAAGUCAAUUAUUCCCUAGAUUACAUUUCAAUUUCAAUUCAGACCAUUUGUUGAAUAUGCGGUUGUGGUUUAUCAGCUGGUUGACUGUCUUUCGUUUCAUAAUGAAACCAUAAUGGACCCUUUAUAUUUUUAGCUCCAUUAGCGUCACUAAUUUGUUUUAGAACAAGGAGUAAAUUUUUGUUCUGUGAACUCUGGGAGGUUUUUAUAUCUCAAGGGUCUUCGUGUUGCAAAAACACUAUCUGGCUUUCGUGAUCCUGAGAGUCAGGCAGUUUGUUUCAAACUUUUCCCUCCAUCGCUCUUUCUGUCUGUCUCCUGCAGACGUGAACAACAGGCACAUUUGUCCGCCUGUCUUUUUGUCAUGAAGAAGAGCUAAUGGUCUGAAGUAUUACCUGUUCAGUCACAUUAUUUCAUAGUUCAACAGAAAAGGACACACAAAGCUAAACCUCUUUUUAAACGUGUCUUCAGCCAGCGACUUCAGAUACAAAGGACAAGCAGCAACUAACGAUAAAUACAAAAUUCAUCCUAAUAACACACAAAAUGACUGUGCUUCACAAAAACCAAGAAAAAUUAGACCAGAACAAAUUGCCCAAACCAGAGGAGACCUGCAAGAAGAGCCAACAAUAAUGCCCGGAUGACGUUGGUGUGAGCAGUAUAAAGAAACAUAAUCACUUCCCAAAGGCAGCACAAAAACUCAAUAACUGAACUGGCAAUAUUUCCCCCCUAACUGUAAAGAAAGAGAAACUUGGGUCAUCAGAUUUUUUUCCAAAUGAAUGUAAAAAUGUUUUAUUAUUUUAUUCUUUUAAUAACAUAGGAAGCUGCCUCCUUCAUCUCAUGACAUGAUUGUACAACCUUUUGGCACAAUACAUGUAAAUGUAAAGUCCCAAUUUUACUCUUUUCUUUUUCUCUGACCAAAUUAUAGUCAAUAAAGCAAGUGAGAGGUUUCCAGAUUGGACCUGAGACUGCUGAUAGAAUUUCAAGGAACAAACUGAACUCUACAAGUAGCAUUUUUAAGUGAAGGACACACAGAGUCAUGCGGCUCAUAAUGUCUAAUGACAAGGUAGAGAGCACAUUUAACCCAGACUGCCAAACAUAAAUGCAGGGUGACUGUGAACUGGGCAAAAUGUGUAGCUGGCUGAAACUUUCAUGUGUCAUGUUGAGUUUUGGACAUGCUAGUUAGACGUUGAUAGUUUGACUCUGAGGAAUUCAGAGCCGUAUUUCUAUAAAAAGAUAUAUAUUUUAUGUGUCUCUUAUCAUCAUAGUUCAGAUACCCUCAAGUUAAACUUCUCUCCCCUCAUGGUGCUCUGUAGCUGCAGGCAACAUCCAUGUGCAAAAAAAGAGUAACAGCAAGAGCAAGAGAUAAUAUCGAAGAUUUUGAAAUAAUACAGAAACUUUAAUCCAAAACAAAAGGAGCGUCGUGGGACUUGAUGGCAAAAUGUUCAGCUUGAAAUUGAUGAGAUUGCAGUGAGCUCCUUUUGCACUGCAGUCCACCUCAGGAGACUGAACAACAUUCAGUAAAUGGUUUCUGACAGCCGCUCUGUUCUGUUCAGGUUACUGAUGGACAACAGGAUCAGAAGAGUUCCUGAAAACACUUUCCAGUCUCUGUGGAAACUGGCUGAACUGUGAGUGUAAUUAUCAUUUUGUUCACGUUAUCAGGUUACUGUCUUACACUGAGUAAUGCUGAAAGGUGGUCAGAGUGAUCAAUCUUUGGGUUUAAGUACAGACUGAAGAAUCAGGAUCUUUCCUGCUGCAUUGGCAGAGGGAGUUCUCGUUGAGUUUCCAAGUUUUAAUAGAUUUUUUGCGGCAUUCCCCAUAAGUGAUUGAUCUAACCCGUUUUUUUCUUACGAGACAAACGUUAAGCUGGUGUGUUUGCUCUUGACCACCAUCUGUCUGACAGUGUGUUCAGAGAGAGGAGGGUCAGAUAAACCUACUCUGAUUUUUCAGUCAGGUUAGGAAUUAUAGAUAUAUGAUUUGCUGAACCAAUACUAGAAAUAUACAGGUGCAGCUCAGAAAGAGUCCUGAAAAAGUUCAUUUUUUUACCAUAGUUUAGACCAGAAAGUGAACCUUCUGUAUGUUCUGGAUUCAUCACACACACUCACACAAAGUGAAAUAUUUCAAGACCUUUUUUGUUUGCAUCUUGAUGAAAAUGGCUUACAGCUCACAAAAAUCAAAAAUCCAGAGUGUCAAAACGACAGAAUAAUGUGGAAAAGUCCAUCGGGCACAAUCCUGGUGCCUGCUCACAAACUUGAUUGCUGUCCACAGCAUUAUUGUGGUUGGCCAGUCAACUCACCUGACCUGAUCUCCAUGGAGAACCUCUGGACUAACAUCAAGAGAAAGAUGAGAGACACCAACAAUACAGGCGAGCUUAGGGACACUACCAAAGCAACCUGGGCUCCUAGAACAGCUCAGCAGAGCCACAGACUGAUUGCCACCACACCAUACACAUUAAUGCAGUAAUUUGUGCAAAAUUGCCCUGACCAAUUACCCAGUGAAUAAAUGAACGUAAUUUACCAGACAGUGCCCAUUUCUGAUGUAUGAAUCCUUUGUAUUGGUGUUUUAUAAUAUUACAUUGUUUUGAGAAAAUGAAUUUUCUUCAAUUUUGUGAACAUUAAGCUGUAUUCAUCAAGAUUUAAACAAAAAAGUCUUAAGAUGUUUUACUUUGCAAGUGUUGAAUCUAACUGAAUAAUUGAGUGGAAUCUUUUUCAGACAUUCACAUUUUUUGAGCUGUUCCAAAAUUCAUUAUCUGUAAACAUUUGUAAAUGUUUUCCACCAUGCCUGUUUUUUAAAAAAAAAAAAAAAAACUGUGUGCAUGAAUUUUCCUCACAAAAAUGAAUUUCACAUUCAUUGUCUCUUUAUUUGGAUUUCAUCUCUUCUCUCUCUGUGUUCAGGAAUCUGUCCGGCAACAGGAUAAGGGACCUGCCAAAAAACACCUUCAAGAGUCUUUCCAAGUCGCUCCUUAAACUGUGAGUAACUGAUAGUCUGACAGCGCGGAGUGAUGUGCGAGGAUUAGAACUGGAGAUCAGGCUGAAGUGUGGCGUAUUAAGAGUGAAAAUUGCAGAGAGGAUUUAGAGUUGGAUUGAGAGGACAGUGAUUUAUCUCACUGUGAACUUCUCAGUAGGAAGAAAUUUUGGAAAUUGAAGGAAGAAAUUCAACGGAAAAACGUUCGCCCUCCUGUAGAUUGUUCUCUUUUAGGGAUGUUCAUAUCAACUCAAAUUAGAGUUCCACUUUUUUCUGGCUUUUUUAUUUUGUCCCCUUUUGAUAAUAUUGAAAUGAUGAAUCUUCAGUUUAUUUAAACCAUAUGCAACCUUUGUUUGUUUUGUUUUUUGCACAUUGAAGGGCUGUUUCAUACUUUUAACUCAGUCAGGCACAAAAUACCCCCCAAACUGGAGCAUAAAGUACAAACCCUCUUUUAAAAUGUGAUAUGUUUUAAGAGAUUUAAAUGUCACCAACAAAUGUAAAAAUAUAAAAUUAAACCUAUAUCUCAAGCAGGAUAACAAAUCAAACGAUAUAAGCAUAGCAAAAGCUCUAGUAACAAAAUAAAAGACUACUUUAAGUUGAUACUCUGGACGAUAAACUUGGCUCACUCUUACCUGAGUGCAGUUUCAAAAGCAGGACCUUGACUUGUGAUUGAGUAUUUGUACAGUAAAAUAUCAGGGUCAAGAUAAUCCUCGAGAGGAAGUUUGUUUUGUUUGGCAACAGUAAAUAAACUUCUGUGAAACACUGCAUCCCAUACGCACAAUAAGCACAGAAAUACACACACAAUGAACACUGAAAUACACACCUCAAGGGGGACAAAGAGUCAUCUGUUAUUUCCAAGGCCAGGGGUACAGUGGAUUUAUGAGUUCUUGUCUGAUCAGAUGGUAACAGCUUGUACCUUUAGGGGUGAGUGUGAGUGUGGUCACCCAGAAGAGCCUACACGUAAAGAAAAAAAUAACAGGAUCCUCAACUUUUACUGCCUGUUCUCACAAUUUGCUCAAAUGUCUUCCUACUUUUCAAAAUAAGAGACCUAAACCAGCUGAUAAAAGAGAGGAUUGAAACAGACUCAAUAAAACAAGAAAAAUAGAUUUGAGUAAGAGCACAGCCAUUAGUAAAACUCCCUUAGUUUGGGAUUAAAAUACAACCACUGACGUGUCUUUGCAUGUGCUGUUGAUUAUCAUGUAUAGCAAGAAAUCACAGUAUCUUAAUAAUAAUAAAGGAUCUGAAUUCCAUUUCUGUCCCUAAUAAAAAAAAAUGUGAGUUGAUUGAGUAGAAAUGCCCACAAAAAAAACAGAAAAAAACCCACUUAUUUACCCACCCCAUGAAAACUUGAAAAAUUAGGAACAGCAAAGCAAACACUCCCUCUCUGAGAAAUGUCUUAACCUUCAUAAGAAAAUAACUGACAAUAGCAGCUGUUUCCUGCUGGUAGCUUUCUUUUUUUGGAAACAUCCCAAAGUACACCAAAGACACAUUUGAACCAUCGUUGACAUGUUGACUUGUCUUCUGCAGAAAAUCGUACAGUCUAUCCUGACUUGUUUCUUUCUGUGUUUAUCAGAGUGAAACAGUUUAAGUUGAAUUGCUGCAGACAAAAACACUUUUCAGUGCACAACCAUUACAACAGAAACAGCCGGAGUCAGUGGAAGAGGAUUUCUGCUUUUCAACUUCCGUGUGUUCACCUAGUUCAGUCAGAAAAAGAUGAUAAAUGUGCUAAUGUUGCAGUUAUUUGAUAUUUCUUUUUAACUUACAGCCACUUCUUCUAUCCAGUAUAUUAAGAGAGCAGACGGAUAAAUAACUAGAUAUUCUAUUUAUGUAUGUUUAGCUAUUUUCUAUACGCAACUUUUUCUUCCAUCUCCUAUAAUUUCACUAGAAAGGUUAAUCAAGUCAACUUUAGCUUCUCGAGUGAGACAAGUUUGAUUACUAUUGUUUGAUGAAAAGGUGCAGGACCACUUAUAUCUCAAGUCAGAGUGCAGUUCCAUGAUAAUAUUAAAACAAAGUUAAUGAGCUCCAAGCCGUCUGUUCGUUAGUGGUGAACCUUGUGCUCUGGAAAACUUUUGACUUGAGGGAAUAUAUAUGAGGAAAAAGGCAUAAUAAAGUCAAAAACAUGUAUUUUAAGCUAACUUUGAACCGUCUCGAUGGUAAUGUUUUCCAACGGUUUGUCAUUUUGUGUUUGUGUGUGUGUGGUCUGUACAGCUGGUUGAUCAGACUGAAGAGUAACUGUCGGGUUGGUUUGUGGUUUUGGUUGGAUAGUUCUCAAGAUAACAACUGUGCUGCCGUUUGAGUGAGCCUCGCUAGAUUUCACAGGCGGAGUUAGGUACCAUAUCAAUCCAGUGAUUUUGUCAUUCUUUAUUUGACUAUGAUUUUGUCCUAGCACACUCUCCUGAACAUACUGAAAACAGUUAUCAUGACACAAAGGACUUUAUUGCUUAUUGAUUUUUUGUUUUCAAAUUGAAUUUCAGAAAAAAUCUGUAGAUGAAAAACAAAAAGAAAGUAAAGAAACUGUGUUGUUGAAAGUUGCUCCACUGAUCCAUUAAUAUGCUGUCUUUUUGCAGACAGUAUGAGUUGAACUUACUCCCCCCCAUGAGAUUCUUUUGAAAUAAUAUUGUCUACAGUAAAGAACAACCUGAACUGUCAUAUCCAAAAUGUGUUGGAUUUUUCAGUUUAAUGAGCUGGGGUGCAGUUGACAACUUUUGAAAAAUUCACUUUGUUGCAAUCAGCUUUUGUUUUGUGUGAUGUUCGGUCUUUAACCGUGAAGUAAUCAAACAAAGUGAGACUUUGCAGACUGCUUUGUCAAUGACAUACUGUAGGCGCAAUUUAUGCAAGGUAUAGUUCAUCACAAAAAAAAUUGACCUUAAAUGAUCGCAUUGAUAAAAUAGACUGGAAUUCAUAGUGAUGCCUUCAAAUGAUCCCCAUAAGCAAAUAAGAAAAUCAGUGUCACAAUAAUAGAUUGUAUAUCCUAAUUUAAUUCCUGAAAAUGGUGUGAAGGUAGGUAUCAGCCGAGCCACUGAAGAAACAGCAGUAGCACAAAUCUCACCUGAAAUAUUCACAAUAAAUGAUACAGCUGAAUGUCAAAAGUCAGCAGGAUGAAGUAAUUUUUGUAAAGACAUUUGGGAAUGUAAGGGUCAAGUUGAGCAAAGCCAGUUUUGACCACAUGGGGUGCUAAAAUUUGCACUAUGAAAGGUUCCUCCAAGGAGCUUUUAUUUGAAGGUAUUUUUCUCCUGACUGGUUUAACUAUUUUUGUUUUGUUUAAAAUAAACACUAGAAACUGUAAUCCAUCAUGUGAUCAAAUUGGACUGCAAAUCAGAAAAGUUCAAAAAGUUCAAAUUCAACAUAAAAGCAAAUUGAAAAUAUCAAUUUCAUACACGAUGAUAUUAACUUUUUGCUGCAUGUAAAAAAUCUGUUUGUUUCAGUAAGAUUGAAAUUUUCAAAUUAUUGUAUGUACUUAAUACAGCAAGCAGAAUACAACAGUUCUGAAUUAAAAAGUUAAAAAAUAAACAUGUUUUUAAAGUUAAUAAGUCGAAACUUAAUGCCAAAGUGCCACAAAGUUUUCCAUAUGUAUUGCAAAAUAUUGCUCAUGUAGAUACUGGUAUGUGUCAUAUCCAUUUGAUAUGAUGUACAGCCCUAAAAGUUUAACUUGAGGAUAAAUAAUACAUAACUAUUUCUGAUCCAGUGUGAGGUAACGUUGAACUCAGAAAGUCAAAAGCCUGUUAUAAGUUAAAAAAAGACAAAAAAUCUGGAUUUCAUUGUCAUUCAGCUGCAUGUUCAAUUUCACCAAAGCACACUUAAUGAAGUCUGUCAUGUUUUUCUUGUUGUAAUGCUUAAAACAUAUCAGACCCUUUGCUGAUUUUAUUGUAGGAAUAUUUCCCACAACCCCCUCCUCCGCAUUCACCCCAGCCACUUCAGCCACCUGACACAUCUUCAGUCUCUGUGAGUAAAAACACACACUUUAAGAAAGUGCUCUCUGCAGCCUGUGCGCUGAUGAAACUCUCAAUUUUCUGCAGGGCCCUGGAGGGGAUAGAAAUCCCAGAUAUUCAGACCAAAAUGUUCCUGCCUAUGAAGAACCUAUCCCACAUGUACGUACAGUCCCAAACAGAAGAGCCAGUCCUCAAUUGUAUCUUUCACCAUGAAAAACCAAACAUUUCUUCUGCAUCACAUUUCUAUCUCCAUUUUUCAUUGCUUUGACAGCUAUUUCAAGAAGUUCCAGUACUGCUCCUAUGCUCCUCACGUCAGGUCCUGUAAACCUAAUACAGACGGCAUAUCUUCCUUUGAGGACCUGCUGGCUAACACGGUGCUGCGGGUGUCCGUCUGGGUCAUGGCGUUCUUUACCUGCUUUGGUAACCUCUUGGUCAUCGGAAUGAGGUCCCUGAUCCGAGCUGAGAACAACCUGCAUGCUGUCUGCAUCAAAGUCCUCUGCUGUGAGUACCUAUGCAUUAUUCUCUCAAAAAGUUUGAGAUGUUUCGUGCAGAGUAGAAACGCUUCAAUAACUGUUGCAAGUAAAGCAGAGAUGAAGAGGUAAGGGGGAGAAAAGUUGGGGUGAAUUUAAGGGCCUGUGACUGGCAGAAACUAUUAAACUCAAAUUGUAUUUGGCUUAUCUGCUGCAUUGUUCACCAUCUGUUUCCUCUCUUCACUCACUUUUUCCACUGUCUGUCAGUACAUCUUUCUGUGGUUCUCUAGUGUCAGCUCAAUGAAAAUUUCCCGGUCAGUCUCUGAUUCUCACUCUCUCUUCCAGUCUUCUUCAUCCCUUCUUUCUAUUUAGCUUUUUGUCCUGCAGCCUUUUGUUCUACUUUCUCAUUUUUUUUUAUUGGUCUGUCUUUUCAAACAUGGCUGUACUUUGAACCCUUAAAGACAGAAAGUUCAAGCUAAUUAUCUUGAUCUCUAAAUCAGUGGAAAACAUUUGUUCAAAACAAAACUAGAAUGAUGUGAAAACUUACAAACUGAGUUUUGGUAGCUCCUGAAAGUCUCAUGUUAAAGGGAGAUUAUGGUGUAAAACUAAGUUAGGGUCAAACACACCGUAACACCGAGUUAGAUACCACGUCGAGAGAUGAAUGUUGCUGACCGCUUGCUUCUCUAGUUAUACCGACUUUAGUAUUGACCACAGAUAGCAAUAAAGAGAGCCACACGCUCAGUUACAACUCAGUUACACACCUGUUUGCGCUCUCUUACACACACACAACAACACACACACACACACACACACACACACACACACACACACACACACACACACACACACACACACACACACACACACACACACACACACACACACACCUGCACAUAGCAGCAGGAUGGUCAGUUGGACUAGCAUCCUGCAGCAAAAACAUCCUGGGUUUAAAUCUGAGACUUGAUGCAACUUAUAAAUAAUAAAACAAAAAUAAGGACCUAAAUAUGGCAACAAACUAAUGAAGGACGUACAGCCGUUAGGAAAUACACACAAUAAACCAAUAAAAUGACGUUAGGAGAAAACAAUGAAAACACAAGGACAACAGGAACAUGAGUAUAAGAAACAACAAUAGACACACAGGGUUUCAUGAACACAAGGGAAUAAUACAGAGAAAACAACUGAAAUUCAUAGUAGCUCUUUGUGACAUAAUCUCCCUUAGAGGAUGGAUUUAAGAUGUUUGAAAAAGUGUGAAAGAAAAACAAAGCAGGAUGGGCCUGAAGAGGGACAGUGAACUACAGAGCUGGUAGCAAGGACUUACUGGUGGACGGCCUGAAUGCAGACCACAGGGAAGAAAUGGUUCUGGCAAGGCAGGGAGUUGGCCUGGAGGUGACUUCAGUUUAGGGGGAAGCCCAGAGAACCAGUCUUCUUGGGCCUUAGCGGCACUAAUGAGGGGGUCAGCCAGGUUUCCCAAGGAUCAGUGGAAGCUGGGGUUGUCCUGGCUGGAACCAGAAGCAGGGGCCUGGCAGGAACUGGCAUCAGCUGCCAAUGGUGCACCUGGUGCUGUUGUUGGCCAGGCCUCAGACGGAGUGACAUUCAAAGGAACUGGCACAGGAACUGUUGUCAGGACUUUAGCUGGCGCAGAAACCAGUACAGAAACAGGUGUCAGCAUUGGAGUCAAGUGAGGAGCACUGAGGGACAGUAGCCCCAUGUACAGGAACCAGAGGCUCUUUUCUAGGAGGAGACACAGGGGUCUCCGCUCAGGGUGCGGUGACAAGAGUCCUCCAACCAAGGCAAAGGAACAAGCAGGGAACUUACUGGAUUUUGGCUUUUCUUCGGACUACCAUUCCCAGCGUUUCUGUCUCCAAAGCAAAAUCCAGCAGAAAAGAAAGGCUUCUUCCUGUGGCCACCACUUGUUUCAGGAAAAAAAGAGUCCUAUGCAAGGGGCUGAUCCAAAACCAUUUUUUCCCUCAAACUUUAUAUAGUCUGCUGGGUCCAUAAUGGUCAAUUCAUUCUGUCAUAUGUUUAACAAAAAAAGGACCCUACAUGCAGACUAUAAUGAACUUAAUCAACAAGAAGUCAACAAAUUUACAACAUCUACUCAUACAAAGUCCUAACUCAAAAGCCCAACUGAAGAAACACAAAAGUUCAACACAAGGAACAAAUCAGGACAUGCGACUAUAAGGAAAUACAAACAAUUAAUUGACCGGAGAAACACAACAGUGAAAAAACACGGGGAUAACAGGAACACAAGUGUACAGAAUAACAAUGCACACACUGGGACAGGAACACAUGAGAAUAACACACAGAAAAAAUACUUCAAAUACAAAACAAGGAAAAGACCUGAAAUACAAGAACUCAACAUGACAUUUGGUUCAAGGAUCUUUCUCUGUUCAAACUGUAUUUGCCACUUUCUAACCAGCUAUCAAAUACAUACAUGUCAGGGGGAACCUAAAGCCCCAGUGAGGGGUUUAAGACGCUGCUCCUGAACUGAAGUGAGUUCCAAUGUUACACAAAACUAGAUUACACACACUGAAAGGGAUGAAAAAUGAUUUUGAAAUCUUGUUUUUAAUAUUUUUUGAUAUUGAUUGGUACUUUUUUAAACUUCUUUGGUUGCUUGACCUUUGUUGUUUAAAAAAUAGGUGUUUAAUUGUGCUACUGUCUUUUUAUGAAAAGCAGAUUUUUACCUGCAAAUUGAGGUUUAGGGGAAUAACAUUACAAUAAGCUGUCUGAUGGUGUUGUUGAGUGUCUCUGUCCAAUGAUUACUCCACCUCUUAUCAUUCAGGUGCAGACUGCCUCAUGGGUGUGUACCUGUUUUUUGUGGGAGUGUUCGAUGUCAAGUUUCGCGGGCAGUACAACCGUAACGCUCUGCUGUGGAUGGAAAGCAUAGAGUGUCGUACGAUUGGAUUCCUAGCCAUGCUGUCCUCAGAGGUAACUAAGGAUGAACACAAAAACAUGAUUAAUCGCAGAUCAGAUCAGAGACCAUGGAAACUGGGACACAAGAUAAACCCUAAAAUAAACCAGUGCUAGUAAUAUCCUAGAUGCGUAUUUUCUCUUUUUGAGCUCACACGCUCUGAAUUUGCUGAAGCUGCUUUUUUCACUGAUCCCAACCACUGCUUUGAGCAUUUUUUUUCUAUUCAUUAUUCAACAUGUCUUCAAGCUCUGAAACUAAAGGAGAAUUGAAUGAGUCAUCUAUUUCUGCUCGUUAUGCAAUCAUGUCCAGAUAAAAUAAGUGAACUUUUAACAGACUGUUAAUUUGACAUGUAGCAUUUAGCCUUGGUAAAAUCUUCUUUCACUGGAGUCAUUACUCUCUUUAUGACACUGAGGAUAAUGACACAGAGGAUACUGGGAACUUCUGUUCUGUCUUCUUUCUCAUCUGUGUAGUGCUAACAAGACUGAAAGCUAAUACAGACAUGAGCACCAUGAACCAUUGAAAUAUUUGCAGCGGAAAUGUUAUAGGCAAAAUUGCCAGGGUAUUUGUUACAUGUUUUAAAAUGUAGUCAUGAUUAAGCCCAGUGUGACUAUAGAUCUUUUCAAGUUAUGUAAAUUAAACAAAAUUCAGCAGUAAACAGGCUUGUCGUCGUCUGGAGGCGGUACAAUGAGGGGAUUUGUUAUAUCCUACUUUAAUGCCUUUAAGGAGAGUUUUUAAAAACAGCAAGCACAACAUUUAAAUUGAGGGUUAACAGGUUUUAUUUUUUCUUUUCCUCAGGUGUCUGUGCUUCUUCUGACCUACUUGACUCUGGAGAAGUUUCUAGUUAUAGUCUUCCCUUUCAGCAAUCUGCGGCCAGGCAAACUUCAGACUGGGGUGAGCGAACCUACAAAAAAAAAAUGUUUUUAGUCUCAUUUUUUAGUGUUCUAGAUUUGAUCAUUUUCUUGAUUUUGAUAUUAAUAGAAAACAAUCUCUGGAGGAACAGGAGCAGAGGUUACUACUUUUUUAGGAUGUCUUUUAUAACUAUUAAACUACCUCAUUGUUUGAACACAUUAGAUAUUAUUUCUGCUUCCUUUGCAAAGCAUUUGUGUCAAGCAUUACACACAACUAUUAGUCAGUGUACUUACUCCUUUUCCUUUGCUUUGGCUACUUUUACACAUAAACAGAAUGGUAGGUAUCGAUUUCUUACACUUGCUUUACUUUGAAAGACAGAAACUGUCAUCACACAGUAUACUUGAGCCAAAGGAAGAUUUUUCUGUUUAUUUUGUAAGUUUUUUUUUAUGUCGGAUUAGUUCUCCAGCAGAUUCCUCAUUGCUGCAGGAUUAAAUUUUGUAGUCUUAUCAAUGAAAGUGAAAAGUGUAGAAAUCCAGCGGUGUGAUUAUAUCCUUUCCACCAGAAGCUUCAAAGAAAGCUUCUCAGAAAUACUCACACCAUUUUUGUCGCCUCCCUAUAAGGUGAUUCUUGCCUCUAUCUGGUUGCUGGGCUUCAUCAUCGCCGCUGUACCCCUCAUGAAUGAAGAUGUGUUUGGAAACUACUACGGGCAAAAUGGCGUGUGCUUUCCUCUGCACUCUGACAGGCAAGAAAAACCGACUGCCAAAGGAUAUUCCACAGGAAUUUUUCUGGGUAAAUUUAAGAAUAACACCUUUGUUUCUCAGUUUUCUCAGUUCUUUGUGUUCGUCAGUUAGCACUUGGUGGUAUCACUAAAAUCUGUCAUCUGAGUACAAGCUCAGGCGGGUGUCUCUAUGAUCUCUAUGAUCCAAAUCAGCAUAAAUUUAGACAAACACUAUAAAAAGCUCUCUUUGUAGUGGCAUUGCAGAGCCUACAAAAUGAACAGGGAACAAAAUGUACUUUAUAUUGAAGUAAUUACACACCAAACACCGUGGUGCCAUCAACAGUGCAGGAUUAGCCCGGAUUCUUAUUUCUCACUGUUCACACUGAGAACCUGUAAAUGUCAUUCAUCAUUAAUAUAUGACACAAAAGUAAAUUCCCUCUAAAUGGGUGCCAUUAUUUUCAUCCUUAUGCUCUUUGUAUGGGAGUCCUGUGAUAUGAUUAAUUCAUUUUGGAGUUUGUCAUCGUUGCUGGCUUUUGUUUCUGGGUGUCAAUAUGUAUGAAAAUCUGUCUACAAGUAUAUUGACCAUAUGUCAAACUUGGGUUAUAACUUAGUUCCAGAAAACGCACCUUAACAGUAUCACUGCAGUCCUGUGUUUUGUGCACAUUUAUUCAGUAGUAGGAGGUAAUAAAGUAGAUAUUUUAUGCUUGAUUUUGGUGCAGCUUUGGAGCACUUGCAAACUAUGUAGAUAUAAGUAGAUUAAUUCUACUUUUUACUAUGUUGAUUUAUCGACUGGCUAAGGUUUCAAGUAACUUUUCAUGAAUAAGAGAAAUAAAACAUAUCACAUUAUAAAACCUGAAGAUCCCAAUUUAGUGAUUUUGAGACUUGUCAUAAAAAAACAGUGUUCAGUUGAGUUGUAUUGGCAUAUUUCCGUGUGUUUGAAUAGUUUACGCUUUUCUUUAGGUCUAAACCUGGUAGCAUUCCUGGUGAUCGUCCUCUGCUAUGCCAGCAUGUUCUUCUCCAUCUAUAAAACCGGCAUCAACGCCACAGACUUGAGGAGCAGGCUGCACAGAGAUGUGGCUGUGGCCAACAGGUUCUUCUUUAUAGUGUUCUCUGACGCCCUCUGCUGGAUUCCCAUAUUUUUUGUGAAAGUCCUCUCGCUGUUAGAAGUGGAGAUACCAGGUAAGAGAAGCAAUUUCUUUAUGGAACAGCGAAAUAAGAAACAUCCACAGGUAUGUACACCUGAACAAUUUUGAUUUUCUCAUGUAUCCCUAUAGGAACCAUAUCCAGCUGGGUAGUAAUCUUCAUCCUUCCCAUCAAUAGUGCUCUUAACCCCAUCCUGUACACUUUGACCACCAGCUUCUUCAGAGAGCAGGUGGAACUCUUGCUCUGUCGCUGGCAGAGGAGACACACCUUAAAAAAAGACCGUAAAGGCCUCACUUCCUCCACCAUCCUUAUGGAGACACCUCGGGCCCCUUCUUACCAGCCGCCGGCCUACUUCCAGCAGAUGUCAUUGGCUAGCGCAGACCCUCGGUACGCCUGA